GCCACUCGCACACUCCUCUUGUUAAUAUUCAUGGGAAAGGGCCGGAACGCCUCCGAUUGGCUACUGGACUCAGUUUCCAGGACGACGCGAACUAAACGAAAAGCGUCGCCGACUGCGGAACUGCAGGAGCCUAUUAGUUUUAGGCAAAUGAAACAAUUCUUCGGCGAAUUUAAAAUGGAGAAAAAGAACGACGAGAAGAAGGAGUUUGAUAAAAUAAUAUUCUCAGAUCACGACGAAGAACUUUCUAGCAGCAGGGACGUCAAAACAGAACCCUGUGUUGAAGAACCAGCCACCUGUGGGCCAGAACCCGCACGGGCUCUCAAAACCAACUCUGAGCGCGCGGUGUCACACAGUCAGAGUGUUAUUUUUGAGACUGACAGAGGCGACAGUGGCCGAUAUUCGGGGUUAAACCUCGACACCCCAAAGGCAGAGAGUCCUACUACUGCCGCUGAAGGCACAGACGACAAAACAGUCCAGCACGUAGACUCCCUCCAAGACUUGGGCACACAGAGAGACGAGGCCCGCAAACUAAACAGGCAGCUGCAGACGAAACUGGCGCAAUGCUUCCACAACACAGCCAUUGAUGGGGGCCAGCUGGGGAGAGGCAGGCCGGAGGAGGAGCAGCGACGGGGGUACGAGCGGUCAGUCCGGGUCCUGUCUGAGCUGAAGCAGCAGCUCGGCGCUGCUUCACAGGCGGCCUGGCGGCAGGCGGAGGAGCUCAGGGCACAGGCCCGCGACAAGCUGGGCAAGGUUUGAUUACAGACAGAUGGAGUCAAGAAAUCAUCCGCCUGACAACACAAAGUAGGCCAAAAGUUAUUAAAAAGCAACAAACUGUGGCAGUAAUUGUAUUUAUUGGAGCGUUUCUAUAGGCCAGCACCACUGCUGACCAGAAGAAAAACACAGAGGAAGGAGCUUUUUGAACACUGCAAAUUCAUCCAAAUGCUGAACAUCAUUUAUUUAUUUAUUCCUUCACAUCCCGGUUGUUUCUGUUUUUCUAUUAUAUAUAUAUUUUUUAUAUUUGUUGAGAUGUAUUUAUUUGCACUAUUUCCCAAUUUCUUUCUUUUUUUUUAUUGUUGUGCUUUCUUGCACAGUGACAGUGAAAUGAAUUCUUGUUCUGAUUAUUUUGGCAGCAGACAGUUUUUCAACAAACCUGAAGAGGCCUCUGACUGAAUGCUGCUGUCACAUUCCUCAACAAAACAAAACAAAAAAACUUUUUGGACAAAGUUCCCUAAACUGAUGAGACCAAAGUACAAUUUUUGGAAAGUGUUCAUCCUGUUACAUGUAGUGCAAAAGUGCAUUUCAGGAAAUUACAAAACAUACUAUUUAAACAUGGCAGAGCGACGGUCUCGGACUUCUUGGCUGACUUAGGAUUUUUCUUUAUUCUUUUUUCCUCCAUUGCUUUUGAUUAGUUAUCAGUCGACAUGCUCUUCUGUCAUUUGUAUUUCACUUAGACGCUUUUAAAAGUCUGUUGGAUGUCUGUUUUAUUCUUGUUCUUGGAUUGCCGGUGCUGGCUAACAACUGACGGUGCCAUCCAGGACGUGUUGCUGUGGAAUAUUGUCUCUGCCGCCUGGAAACGGAGAUCUUCAGUGUUUUAGGUGUUUGGCACUCGAAGCUGUCUAAGUAUGUACAUUUAUAGGCACCCCUGGCAAAGACGAGCUGAAAGGCCUCGAACGCCAAUUAGCGCUGAAGUAACGACGACUUUUUGCACGUCUUCGCCAGAACUUCUGACGUUUCUGGGUCCCUCUGAUUAGAAGAGCCCGGUGGUUCUUGAGCAGGUGCAGGUUUAUCUCUGCCAGAGAGGCAGAGGAGGCGGUGGCAGCUAUAAAGGCGGCCAUUGUCGCCGUUUCCCCGCAGCUCUCGCUCUGAAGACUUUAAUGAAAACCAGCAGCUCUUUUAGAUAUGAACCUGUGGCGGAUGGGCCAAUAUGUUCAGAAAGUGCCUUUAUUGCACAGGCAAGUUCAAGGUUUUGAACAUGCAUGUCUAAUAAGUUAGAAUGACUUUUUUCUUGUCUGUUGUGAAGUUUGCAUAAGAAUAUGAACAUAACUAGCUAAAUAUGGCUGUUAUGUGUUGAUUUUUGUUUUUUGUGAUCCUGGCAGGAAGGAAAUGAGAACAGAAGGUAGAACAGAGGAGAGAAGGAAAGACAGCAGAAAGAGGAGAACAUAAAGAACAGGGUAUUCCAAUAAAUGUUUAAAAUGGAUGACAGAACAGAGAGAAAGAGAAUACAGUAAACAGCCCAUAUAAUCAUACUGACAUAUAGAUCUGAGUGUUUUUAGCACACGUUUUACUUGUGAGAGCAUCAGUUCCCAUACUCUCAUUUUUAUUUGUCAG